AAUGCAGUCCAUAUGGUGGCACUAUAAAACCUUGCACGGAGCACAUCUCUAGCCCAAGAUCCACUUGGGGCGCUUCACAAAACCCAUCAAUUCAAUCCCUGCCUUCUUCGCAGCCACCACGGUGUUCCGCCACGCAGACGACUUCUCCAGAGAUCAAGGUUACUAGGACUGCUUGCUUGCCAGGGGUAUGUUUCUGCCAACGUGUGCUGUCAUAGCCAGCUAGGAGUGUUUUUUUGAAUCUCUGUACUGUUGUUCAUUCUCAGGCACAGAGCCUUACUUUAGGAACCUUCAGGAGAAACCUGAGUAAGGGUGUGAUGGCUAAUGAGCCCGAUGGCAGGACUGUAAAGUAUUUUAUUGGUUCUUCUUCAAGGAGCUCCUGCUGGAUUUGAUAUGAGGGUUCUGUGCCAUGCAAUAUUCCUGGUCGUGUUGGGGGGCAUGUCAUGCCAGAACAACCGCAGCACCAAACCGGGCAGCAAACCGGCCAAAAAACCUGGCAGCCCGGGUGCUGAGGUCGCCCAGCACGGCGCAGAUGACGUCCCACCCCCAGGACCCGUGUUGCGCGGGGCGCCACCGCAUGCGGCAGCCAGCGACAUGAAGCUUCAGUACCUUAAGAACACGGCAGCCACCUGUAACGACGGCACCGCAGCCGGGUUUUACCUAAAGGAGUUCAAAGGAAGUAAGAGGUGGUUGAUAUUUUUGGAGGGAGGUUGGUGCUGCUACAACAAAGAGACCUGCGAUUCCAGAUAUAAAAAUAUCCCAAGGCUCAUGAGCUCAGCCGACUGGCCACGGACACGCAAAGGAAGUGGGAUCCUGUCUUCACAAGCGGAGGAAAACCCCCACUGGUACAACGCUAACAUCGUGUUUGUCCCCUAUUGCUCCAGUGACGUGUGGAGCGGGAACAAGCCAGCAGCCCCAAAGGCCAAGCAGGGGAAAGACACAGAGUACUCCUUCAUGGGGUCCGUGAUCAUUCGGGAGAUGAUCAAAGACCUUGCGUCCAAGGGACUGAAACAGGCGAGACUGGUGAUGCUGGCUGGGACCAGUGCCGGCGGUACAGGUGUGCUCCUGAACAUCGAGAAUGUGGCCAGCCAGCUGGAGCAGCUCGGGGCGGACAUGCAGGUCCGAGGCCUGGUCGACUCCGGCUGGUUCCUGGAGAACAAACGGCAGAAGUCCCCCGACUGUCCAGACAGUGUCUCCUGCUCUCCCGUCGACGCCAUCAAGAAAGGAAUUCGGUUGUGGAAUGGAGUUAUUCCAGAAAAAUGUAAACAGCACUACAAGAGAGGAGAGGAGUGGCAAUGCUUUUUUGGACAUAAAUUGUACUCCUUCCUGAGCACACCACUGUUUGUGGUCCAGUGGCUUUUUGAUGAGGAACAGCUGCGUGCGGAGAACAUUUACGUGGGAGGCCAGUCCCUAUCUGAGCACCAGUGGACCUACAUGCAGAAUCUGUGGAAAGAGCUAAAGAACUCCCUCAAGAACGUGACGGCUGUGUUCGCCCCCUCCUGCUUGUCUCACACGUUGAUCACCAGAAGCAACUGGAUGGACUUCCAGGUGAAGGGCAUGUCCCUCUCCCGCGCCCUCCAGUGCUGGGACAGGAGCCUCCAGGAUACGAACAAGAACAGCAAAGCAUCUCUGAAAGGCUGUCCCUUCCACCUGGUGGACAGCUGCCAGAGGCCCCAGUGCAAUCCGAGCUGCCCACCACUCGUUGACCGGGCCACCCGCCAGGAGCUCACCCUGCUCCAGGCGCUGGCCAGCCUGGGAGUGGACAUGCAGAGGCUGAGCACGGACGCAGGCGCCGCCAACAAUGGCGGCUAAGGGGCCCCGGCGGAGUCGUCGCCGUUGGUGGGGGAAAGAAUAUACAUCUAUAUUAAAAAAUUGGGGGGAAUACAAAAAAAAAACAAAACGAAAAUGACCUUAUCAAUACCGUAGCGAUUGCUCGAGGGCAUCCCUACAGCCACUUGGUGUUGUGUCGUGUUCCAAAAGGAAUCGAGGUGUUUGACAUGUGGGUAUGUGUUUGGAUUGCGGUGUGAGCAGCAGGUUCUCGCGUCCCCGCGCGUUCCGUCCGGCGAGGGCGGAAGGCCUUCUUUGCCAACGGAGGCAAGCAGUUGGAUUAUUUUAGUCUAAAUGAGUGACUGACGUAUUAAGAUAGAUCAAUGAGAACUUAGCAGACACAAGUCUAUUACUGUCUCUCCACAGCUCGAGGCGACAGCACGCCGUCUUCAUCAUAGACAGAAAUAAUAUCUGCACUUCAGAAAACCUCGCCAUAGCUUGUCAUAGAAUCUUUGCGGGGUUGAAAUGGCAACACACCUGUAUUUCGGAUACACUCCAGACAGUCCUAAAACACCUGCAUGCACGAGGCUGGUCGCUAAUACUGCCGCUAAAGGCCCGAAACAGACACACCUAAAGGGGUAGGCUUGGGAUCUAUUGAUUAUCUUAUUAUCUUGGGUGAGAAGAGUGUGACAACUACCCUUGAAUGUUUUUCAAAGGCAAAUAACGUUUUCAGUUAUGUUUACUGAUGUAUUAAAUAUUAUAGCUACACAGAUUACAGAUUACAUAUCCAUUACAUAUUCCUUGCACAUUUUCCUUGUAUCUUGAAUAUCAACCAAUUGCCUGUGACAUUUAUAGACUUCUGAACAUUAAUAAAAGAACAGAAGUGUUUAUCCUUGAACACCUCAUUGUGGUGUGUGUGUGUGUGUGUGUAGGGGGGGCGGGGGGUGUAAAAGUACUACC